GUGACUCAUUUCUAUGCAUAUUUAUUGGGUGUCCAGUAUUUUGGUUCAGAGAGAUAAUUUCUUGAGGUGUAGGGAGGUGAAACCGUCAUUCUUCACUGCCAGCUGUUUCACAACACUGCUGUACAGGGAGAGGCUGAAGUUGGAGCAGUUUCCCAACAAACGCCAAACUCGUUACAGCGAUCCUAGUGGAUUUCGCUGCUCGGCUUCUGUUCACGCGAAGGCCUGUUUCUCUGCUGAGAUAAUCGGGCGUGCCAGGAAACAAAUUCAAAUCCCGCGCUCCAGCACUGGACUUCCGGGGCUCCAGCUGAUGGCUGGUGGGACAUCUGAGAGACCUGUCCUCUGAUCUGUGCAACAGGCCUCCCUGGCUUUUUAAACUGGCAGUGUGGAUUCCGUGAGCAUCUGUGUUCGAACUCAGUCAAUCGCAGGCUACUCUGCUGAGCAUCUUCUCCCAGGAGUACCAGAAACAUAUUAAGAGAACACAUGCCAAACAUCACACUCCAGAAGCGAUUGAAAGUUACUACCAAAGGUACCUGAAUGGAGUGGGGAAAAAUGGAGCUGCCCCAGUGCUCCUGGAACUGGCCAAUGAGGUAGACUAUGCACCUUCAUUAAUGGCUCGGAUUAUACUGGAGAGAUUUCUACAGGAACAUGGGCAAACUCCACCCUCCAAGUCUGUUAUAAAUAGUAUGCUGCGGGACCCUUCUCAGAUUCCAGAUGGAGUUCUCGCAAAUCAGGUCUAUCAGUGCAUUGUGAAUGACUGCUGUUAUGGACCGCUGGUGGACUGCAUCAAACAUGCUAUUGGUUAUGAGCAUGAAGUCCUGCUGAGAGGUCUGCUUCUAGAGAAAAACCUGUCCUUCCUGGAUGAAGAUCAGCUCCGUGCAAAGGGCUAUGACAAAACACCAGACUUCAUUUUACAAGUACCAGUUGCUGUGGAAGGGCACAUAAUUCACUGGAUUGAAAGCAAAGCCUCAUUUGGUGAUGAAUGUAGCCACCACGCCUACCUGCAUGGCCAGUUCUGGAGCUACUGGAAUAGGUUCGGUCCAGGCUUGGUCAUCUAUUGGUAUGGGUUUAUCCAGGAGCUGGACUGCCACCGGGAGAGGGGCAUCCUGCUCAAAGCCUGUUUCCCCACAGACAUCGUCACCUUAUGCCAUAGCACAGCUUGACCCUGAAGAUCCUGGAAGAGAAGCUGGAGGAAGAGGCGAAUCCGGAAGCAAUUUGACUUUCCUGCAGUGUAAACUCCUGGCAACAUCUUCCCUGAACUUCAGCUGAACCCUUGCUGCUGCGGUCACAGCCUUACCUCUCUAGACAAACAUAUCAAGAGUUUCUGUUUUCCUUCAUCCCUUGCUGAUGUGAACAGCCAAGAACUACAGACACAACCCACUCAUUAUCAGCAUUUCUGUCUCUGUCAAGCAGUUAGUUUAUAGAUAGUCAUAAUCUUUCUUCCUUCCGGAUGGUUUCUCCUUGUAUAUUGAACAAAAGAAAAAAAUGUGGAGACUGAAAGGUAUGAUUUUUCAAUUCUCCUCCCUGUUAUCAAAUCACCCCCUUAGUUUUUUUCUAAACCUCCAUUCAUUCUCCCUUCCUCCUCCUUUCUCUUCAUGGGCACUCGGGUACCAAGUGUUGCAUUACAUUACCUUCAUGGGAUAGCCUAGCACAAACUUAGAAAAGCUGGAGACAGGAAGUGGAAAUUGAACGUUCCCUCUCAACAGUGGGACUCUGUGGACCUGGGUGGAAGCUUCUAUAGUCUCCUGAUUUCUGUGGCAUUCAGCCAAGCUGCAAAAAUCCCCUUGGUGGGAAUUUCUUUUUUCAUAAUGCUUAUUUGAACAUCAAGCAUUUUACAUUAAUCUCAUCUUAAAGUAUGAGUUAGGUUGUGUCUGGAAGACCAUGCUUCUUUGGCUCGGGGCUGAGAGAAAGGAUGCUAACUUGGGCUAUGUUGUCCAGUGUGGACCAUGCUACCUGCUGGUACAAUGCUACCCAAUGUUUUUAUGAAAUUUUUUUAAAAUCACAUUCAUAAAUACUGCUUUGUGUCUGUAUUUUAUACCACAUAAUUGUAUACCACUCAAUUUAGGCAUUAAAAAUAGCUUUGAAUGAAUUAAGUGUACCAGAAAUAAAUUUAGAGUGGUUUUUAAAUAAAGCAAAAUAAAAGAGAUUUUUGUAUUUAUUCACUUUAAUUUAUUUACUUUUAUGUACUGCAGACCAGACUUCAGUGUGUAGUAAAAUAUCAGUAAAAUAAUUAUAAACUUAUCUUUUGGGAAAUUAAAAAGUGUAUCUAAAAAAAGUGAUUAGUAGAAAAAAAAUUUGCCCUCAUAUGCUUUUAAAAUGUAGGUUUUGUAAUGUUGAAUGGUUUUGGAAAUAUUAAUUAAAAUAUAAUGUUUGGAAACAUCUUAAGUCAUAAAAUGAUUCUUUUUGUACCUGGAAAGUACAAAACACAGCCUGUUGCUUUCCUACUGAAUGACAAAAACAUGGCAGGUCCAAGAUGGGAUUUCUGACUUUCCAGUAAGACUGCAUUAAAUGACAGGAGAUGUGA